AUGCGAUUGGCACGAUGCCAACAGCGUGAUACCGUAAGACUGAGAGAAAAAGGGAAGAGAACGAUGGAGCGCGUUUGCUUUCUUCACAAUUACAUUUAAUUUUUUGGAUUUUUUCCCUAAAAAUACAAGUUCUUUCGGGGUUUCUUGCAUUUGUCUGGAAAUAAAAAUGACUUUCGGUUUUAAAAUUAGAAAUGUUUCAGUUUGAUGUGUCACGGAAAAAUUGUUUUAAUCCGUUAUUAUUCCAUUCUAUUUGAAAUUCAUUUCGUUUUUUUUUGUAAAAUUAUCAAAACGUUGGCGUUUAUUUGAUUCAAUUGAGAAGUCUUCAUUUCUUUUGUCUAUUUCUAAAUGUAAAGUAUCAAAACUUUCGAAAUAAUUUUUUUCGCAGAUAAUGGAACUACCAAAGAAGAAAUACACAACAGAAGAAAGAGCUGCUCUUACCAAAAAACUCGACGAUGAGCUCGAACAAUUUAUGGAAGAAAUGGCUGCUAGAAAGGUUUGUGAUUUAUGAGAUAUUUUUAUUUUUCAAAAAAAAAUAUUCAGGCUGAGAAAUCCGAACCAAAAAAGCCUUUCGAUUUUGAUGAAUGGUGUAAAGAGAUUGAUCAACAUCCAGCAUUUAUGACUGAAUUGAAAUCAACCGAUGGAAAAUAUCACGAUACAAUCGAAGCUUUGCAGGCAAUGAAGUAUAACAAAGAAGAUGAUGAAGAUCUUCAAAUGAAUGCGGAACAUCAUAAAAAUGAGGGAAAUAAACAUUUUAAAUUCAAGAAAUAUCGAUGGGCAAUUGAUGCAUACACAAAUGGUAGAUAUACAUUUUGUCAUUGAUUCAAUUUUUACUUGUGAAUUUAGGUCUCAAAGAAAAAUGUGCGGAUAAAAAACUCAAUGCAAUUCUUCAUUUCAAUUGCGCAGCUGCUCACAAACAUAUCGGAAAUUUGCGUUCUGCAAUCAAAAGUUGUUCAAUGGGUAGAAAAUUCGAUCCAACAAAUUUAAAAGGAGUUGUAAGAGGAGCCGAAUGUCUUUUAGAAUUAGAAUAUGGAAGAGAUGCUUUGGAAUGGAUUGAAACAAGUAAAAAGAUGUUUGCUUUUGUCAAAGAAACUUCAGAAGAUUGUGAGUAAUUUUAUUAGUUCAAUUAUAUAACGAAGAAUUUACAGCGGAUUUGAAUGAAGAUGAGAAGAAAUUCAUUGAAAAAAUGGAAGAACUUCGUAAAAAAGCGGUUGAAUUAUCAUUACUCGAAGAAAGAAAUUUGAGAAAAUCAAAAGUCGAAGAACGAAAAGAUAUUGAAUCGAAACGAAAACUAUUAGAUGCUUUGAAAUCUAGAAAUUUGAAUUUGAGUCCUCGACUUCCUUUUGAUUAUCCAGAAUUGAUGGAUAAUUCAAGAUUGACUGUAUCAUUAAGCUUCAUGAAAAAGGUAAACUUGUUCAUUUUCAGAAUUUUUUUUGAAAAGAAAAGUUAAUUUUAGCACGAAAUUGUUCAAUUUGACGAUGAGAACAAUUUGAUUUGGCCGAUUUUGUUACAAUAUCCAGAAGUUGGCCAAAUUGAUGUUUUGACUGAAACUUGUGAGAAGACAACAGUUGGUGAAUUAUUGCAAGCCGUUUUAGAUUCGCCUGCAGAAUGGGACAAAGAACACGUUUAUAAGUAAGUAAAGAUACAAUUACUGACAAAUUUAAUUUUAUGUAAAUUUGAGGUUCGAAAAUGUUCGAUUUUUCAUCGCCGAUCAAUAUGAUGAAUAUUUAAUGGAAGUUUAUGAAUGGAAUGAUUUUGGAUCAGUUUUGAGUACUCCUGGAUAUCAAAUCAAACAAGGCUUGCCAGUUAUUAUGAUAUUUACACAUGAUAAGAUUAAAAAGAGUCUAAUUGCAUCUGAAGAAUAUGAAAAUCGAUUCACUGUUGUUUAA